AAAUGUUAUGAAAUAAUAGUAAUAUAAUAUUAUUAUUUUUUAUAUUUUUCUGACUGUAUUUAUCUAUGCAGAUAAGUUUAGUUCUAUGUGCUCACGCAGUUUAGUACUGAAGCGUAAUGCAUUCAUUUAAGAAUAAAAUAACUUAUAAUAUAGUAAAUAAAUAUAAAUAAAAAGUAUUUGCCCUGUUUUUCUGAAUUAUCAAGAUAUGAUCUCAGAAUUCAGAGAAAGGUUUUCAUGGAAAAAAAAAAUCUGCUCUGUUUUUCUGAAUUAAUGAGAUCAGUUGCACUCCAUGGGGAUUUUCAGAAAUUGCUUAAUUUUCACCGAAACGCCUAAUUUUCCCUUGAGUCACCACAUAGCCAGCCAGAUGCAUGAUCUUAUAUCCAUGAAGCAUGCCAUAUCGGUUCAACUGAUUCUAGAGAAAUGGUGAAUGGACUUGCUCCUUUCUAAUCUUUCGACCACUCAAAGCGUUUACACUACAUGUCAGCAUUCACACACAUAUUCAUACACUGAUGGCAGAGGCAAGGUACCAACCAGCCCAUCAGGAUCUAAUCUAAAUACUCAUUCAAACACCGAUGGCACAGCCUUCGGUAGCAAUUUGGGGCUCAGUAUCUUGCCCAAGGACACUUCAAUAUGUGGACUGGAGGAGCCGGUGAUCGAACCACGACCUUCCGUUUGGUGGACGGUUGACGACCUACUGUACCUCCUGAGCCAACACCACAAUGUCCAGCAGAACACAAUGGGCUUUACGUCUGAUCAACUGUAAAGUCCUGAGUUGCCACUGCUGAGACUAUAAAUGCAUCACAUCCGGCACACUGGAAGAAUUCUACUUGGAAACACCAACCAGACAGCCUGGCACAAGUGUUGCUCUAGCUUUGCCAAGAUGAUGCGUGCAGUGUGUGUUGAUGUACCAGGAGGACCAGAGAAUUUGCUGCUGCGGACCGUCCCUCGACCUCAGCCUAAAGGUGGAGAAGUCCUGAUUAAAGUUCAUGCAACUGCCCUCAACAGGGCGGACUUACUGCAGAGGCGAGGGCUGUACCCGCCUCCCCCAGGUGAGAGUGACAUCAUCGGCCUGGAGGUGGCUGGUACCGUGGACACUCUGGGCGUGGGAGUUAAAGGAGGCUGGAGGCCAGAUGAUCGGGUCAUGGCCUUGCUCUCUGGAGGAGGAUAUGCAGAAUAUGUUUCGGUGCCCGAGGAGCUUCUCAUGCCCGUUCCCUCUAAUCUCACUCUGUGGCAGGCGGCAGCGAUCCCAGAGGCCUGGCUCACAGCGUUUCAGCUGCUGGUUUCCAUCGCUCAGGUGAAGGAGGGUGAGGUAGUGCUUGCUCACGCUGGAGCCAGCGGAGUCGGAACAGCUGCCGUUCAGCUGGUUCGUCUGUUUGGUGCCGUGCCUGUCGUUACUGCAGGGAGCCAUGAAAAACUGAAGAUGGCCGAGAGUCUGGGAGCAGCAGCUGGGUUUAACUACAAAGAGGAGGGCUUCGCACAGGGAGUUCAUGACUUUACAGGAGGCAAGGGAGCCAACGUCAUCCUCGACUGCAUCGGUGGGUCUAACUGGGAGCAAAAUGUGAGCUGUUUAGCCACCGAUGGCAGAUGGGUGCUGUACGGCACCAUGGGAGGCCGGGGGGUGGAGGGAGAUCUGCUGGGAAAACUGCUCUCCAAGCGAGGCCACCUGCUGUGCAGCCUCCUCCGCUCUCGCAGCCUUCAGUACAAAGCAGACCUGGUGAAGGCUUUCUCACGCAGAGUGUUGCCGUGUUUCUCAGACCAGGCUGCCUCCAUGAGGCCGGUGAUCGACAGGACAUUCAACCUGGAGGACAUCGCAGACGCUCACAGGCUCAUGGAGGCCAACAAGAACACGGGGAAGAUCGUCGUUAAUGUGAUUCCACAGAAUCAGGAAACUCAGUGACGAACAGAUGCAGUAAUAUUAACAGAAAUGUAACUGCUCUGAAGUUAAUUUGAUUCAUGUCAGUGAAUCUUACAACACAGUGAUAUUUGAAAAAUAUUUGCUAACACAAAUGUUGAUCAUGAUUUUAAAUAUGCCUUGUCCACCGAUAUCCAAUCCAAAGAUUCAAGGAAGGGUUAAUCAGCAGCAACUGGACUUUGGUUUAGGUUCUUGAAGACGUUUCACUUCUCAUCCGAAAAGCUUCUUUAGUCAUACUCUUCUUUAGUCAUACUCGUAAAUUCGUGAGCCUGUUAGAUAGCUCAGGGCUUCUGCCCUUUUCUAUCAAUAGGAGAUCGUUGGAGGGAGGAGAGAGGAGAUGGAGGAGGAGCCCAGUUGGUUUUGAGGCGUCAUGGCCCGGCCAGAUGAGUUUUCUUUUUUUUUCCCUUUUCCUUUCUUCCUUUUCCUCAUAACAAAAAAUUAAAUGAAGUAUGGAUAAAACAAAAUGGAGGGAAAAAUAAAUUAAAGAAAGAAAAAA